AGUAGUAGAUAACUGUACUGGGGUUUUUUUGUUGUUCUUUUUUUUUUUUUUUUUUUUCUUUUUCUGCUUAGCAUCAGAAGCCCCUCCUCUUGUUUGGGAAACAGAAAGCAUUUGUGAAUCUGUGGGUUGAAGUUCAAAAAGCCUGACUCUUUUCCUUAUUCCAAGACAGGCAUAUGACCUAAGUUGGGUCAAUUGAAUAUCCUUGCCAUAGCUGUGAGUAAGGAGUCGUGUUACUAGGAAGGAAUAAAAGAUUAGAAUUAGUCAGUGGGCUUCGACUGCCCCAUUGUGUCAGGGUCCAAGUGUCCAGCAGCAGUGGUCCCUUAACCAGGCUGUACCUUUGGCCAUGGAUCUGGCUAUGUGCUCUCCCUAGGUUGCCAAGCUAUCUGGUAACCAUCCAGGAAUUUUUUUUUCUACCUAAGGACACCACAAACCGUUUCAGUUUUUGCCUAACUGAUACCAUCACUGUUUAGAGUCACGGGAAAACCCUAACUAGCCUAAGGAUGCUGCAAGGCCAAUGUAUGGGCUCUGCAGUUUCCUGAGUAAUGAUGAAGAGCCAGCAAGGCUAAGCUCCAGGAGGGAAGAGUCACCUAGCUUGAUGACUGUGGUAUACUCAGCUCCUAGCUCAGGGCCCUAGAACACAGAUUCCGUAAAUUUUUAUUUGAUUCUGACCUGAAUGAAUAAAAUAGUAACACCCACCUCUAGGCCUCCUCAACGUCUAUUUAAAAUUUUUGGAUCCUGUCUGCUUUUAGUGUAGAUUUUCCUUAGGAAGGAACAGAACUCAAAAAAAGAUGACACUAAGGUUUUAAAAUCAAAUAAGUAGGAGGCUGUUUUUCCAGUGGCAGAAAUGAAGUCAGGAGUAAAGAUUAGGUUUCUGCUGUGAUAAACUGAACCUGUUAAAUGCUAUGACUUUGACGUUUCGUAACUGUAGGUUAAACCGUUAUGUCACUCAUUAGAUAGCUCUGUAUUUGUUUGAAAAGUACAAGAGUCCCUCCUACUGGACUUUGAUCUAGCAGAAACAACUGUUACCUAACAACCUCAGACCAUCACUGGAACACCUGUAUGAAGAACGUUCUUUAGUUUAUUUAAAUGGUUUUGCAUAUGUAAUUUAUUUAAGGCUUCAAAAUGAUUAGAAAACUUUUUAUGGUCCUGCUUUUGUCGUCUGUGACUCUUGGGGAGGCAAGGAAAUCGUUUCUCAGUUUUCUGAACAUAGAAAAGACUGAAAUACUAUUUUUCACAAAGACUGAAGAAACUGUCGUUGUAAGGUCAAGUUACAGAGGUCAACAGCCAAACUCCAGCUACCUCUUUGUGCAACUAGAAGAUCCUAAAAUGCUCCAAGUGGUGAAUGUGACUAAGACCUUAUCAGAUGUUACCAACUUUAACAUAAACCUGGUGACAGAUGAAGACGGGGAGACAAAUCUGACUAUUCAAUUGUGGGAUUCUGAAGGUAGGCAAGAAAGACUCAUUGAAGAAAUAAAGAAUGUCAAAGUCAGAGUGCUCAAACAAAGACAAGACAGUCUUUUCCAGACAUCAAACCUUAUUGAUAGAAAUAUCCUUAUGCUUUUUCUGCCAAUGAUACUGUUAAAUAAAUGUGCGUUUGGUUGUAAGAUUGAAUUACAGGUGUUUCAUACAAUAUGGAAGAGACCUUUGCCAAUAAUUCUUGGGGCAGUUAUACAGUUUUUUCUUAUGCCAUUUUGUGGAUUCCUUUUGACGCAGAUUUUGGCAUUGCCUGAAGCACAGGCUUUUGGAUUUGUAAUGACCUGUAGCUGCCCAGGAGGGGGUGGGGGCUAUCUGUUCGCUCUGCUUCUAGAAGGAGAUGUCACUUUGGCCAUUUUGAUGACUUGCACAUCAACGUUAUUGGCCCUGAUAAUGAUGCCUACCAAUUCGUACAUAUACAGUAGGAUGUUAGGGUUAUCAGGUACUUUGCAUAUUCCUGUUUCUAAAAUUAUGUCAACACUCCUUUUCGUACUUAUACCUAUAUCAGUGGGAAUAAUCAUCAAGCGUAGACUACCUGAAAAAGCAAACUUCCUGGAGAGGAUCAUUAGGCCUCUGAGUUUUAUUUUAAUGUUUGUAGGGAUUUAUUUGACUUUCAGAAUGGGAUUAAUGUUUCUAAAAACAGUGAACCUAGAGGUGCUUUUAUCGGGUGUCUUAGUUCCUGCUUUGGGUUUGUCGUUUGGGUACUUUUUUGCUAAAAUGUCUAUGCUGCCUCUUCCUGUUUGUAAAACUGUUGCUAUCGAAGGUGGGGUACUGAAUAGUUUCUUAGCCCUUGCUAUUAUUCAGCUUUCUUUUUCACGGUCCAAUGCAGACUUGGCUUCUGUGGCUCCUUUCACAGUGGCCAUGUGUUCUGGAUGUGAAAUUUUACUGAUCCUUCUGUUCUACAAGGCUAAGAAAAGAUGUAUCCUUAUCAUAGAAGAGAAAAGAAAGAAAAAUCCCCUGGUCUAACAGUUAAAGCUUUACUGAAUUUUCCUACUCUGAAUGAGGUACUGUGGGAGAUUCAAAGAAUAUCUGAAAUGAUGCCUGCUCUCAACUCAC